AUGGCUGCCAUUAUUAAUAAUCAAGCAGCUUCAAGCAUGAUUCGUUCAAAUACAUUAUUGUUAUUCGGCUCUUCAUCGUCGUCUCAUUAUAAUAAUAAUAAUAAUAGAGACGUGGCAACGAGUGCUAUCCAUUUUCCCAGGAUUAACACUAGAAAUAAUAAUACUAAUAUUGCAGUAGUAGCAUCAAACAUAGGUUUGGUGGAAGAAAUAAUGUCAACAAGAAUAAUCUCAUCUUCACCCAGCAAGCCUAAAAGCCCCAGUGAUAAGUCUCUGCGGCCUAAUACAGUAGUAGAUGAUGAAGAAUUGUUAGUGAUGGAAAAGCUUUAUCUGAUACUAGAGACAGUGUCGGACCGGGUGGAGAUGCAUAAGAACAUCGGAGAGCAAAGGGCCAAUUGGAACAGCCUUCUGUUGACGUCCAUCAACACCAUUACUCUUUCGGCUGCCACCAUGGCUGCUAUCGCUACUACCACUUUGCCAGCUGCUAGUUUGGAAGCACUUAAGCUGUCAUCUACAUUCUUGUAUCUGGCUGCCACCGGGAUGCUGGUUAUCAUGAACAAAAUCCAACCAUCCCAACUCGCUGAAGAACAAAGAAACGCCGCACGCCUGUUCAAGCAGCUUGAAGCCGAAAUCAAGACAAAAAUGGCAUCCAUAGGCGUCCGCAAUCGUCUAAGUAUUACUGAUGUAAAUGAAGCCAUGAAGAAAGUUUUAGCUUUAGACAGAGCUUACCCUCUUCCUCUAAUCGGUGUCAUGCUCGAAAAGUUCCCGGCCAAAGUCAAACCUGCGGUUUGGUGGCCCCAACAACAACCAAGGACUACUACUACUCGUCGUCAAAAAGAUAAUAAUGGCUGGAGUGUGGAGCUGGAAGAGGAGAUGAGAAACAUCAUUAGAGUUUUGGAGAUAAAAGAUAAAGAGGAUUACUUGAGGUUAGGCAACAAGGCCGUGAAACUCAACAAAGCCUUAGCCAUAGCCGGUCCUCUGCUCACCGGCUUAGGGGCAAUUGGUUCCGCAUGUCCUGGGGCCAUGAUGCUUGGGGUCAUGGGAGGUGCCAUGGCCAGCGUUGUGAACACGCUACAACACGGGGGCCAGGUGGGCAUGGUGUUUGAGAUGUACCGAAGCAAUGCAGGUUUCUUUGAGAUGAUCAAGGAAUCCAUUGAAUCAAACUUGAAGGAAAGAGAUGUCCACCGCAGAGAAAACGGCCAAGUCUUUGAGAUGAAGGUUGCAUUGCGUCUCGGAAGAAGCCUGUCCGAGCUUAGUGACGUUGCCGCUUCCUAUUCAAGGACUGGCGACAACAUUCAAGAGUUUGGAAGCAAGCUUUUCUGA